CUGAUACCUAUGCUACGUCUCCUACAGUAGUACUGUAGACAGCCCGUUCUUCGUACCAAGUAUGCACCUGAUAUCAGUGUGCAUUGUUGUCCAGUAUCUACGGACUCCCAAACCAUUCCGAGUACUGUUCCGUAUCCUCUGGCAGAAUUGUCCCCUGAACGCACAACUGCCUCUGUGUACUUCUCAAAGCUCUUCGGCGCCUCGCCGUCUUUCUUCUCUGUUUGUAUCUUCUGUCGUUCCGUUCUUUUGCUUCAAUUUCUCCGCUUCUUGACCAACAUGAGUCAAUCGCAAGUCUUGAUUACAUCCGACAACAAGACCCCGCUGGUCGAAAUAAUUGUUUGGAUUCUUCUCACAGUUUCCAUCCUCGCGGUGGUUGCUCGAGUAGCGACAAAGCUGACUCUCGUUGGGCAAUUGCGCUUGGAGGAUUAUUUGAUUACAAUAUCACUUCUCUUCGCUGCUGGCCAGUCCGUUGCGGCUGGUAUUCAAGAUUCCAACGGCUUCGGCCAGCAUAUCGAUACAUUGAACGAUGGACCGGUUUCCGCCAUUCUCAAGUCUGAAUAUGCCGCAAGCACCCUGUUCAUCGCCAGUCUAUGCUUCGCAAAGCUGUCAGUUAUUAUAUUCGUUGUAUCCUUAGCGAAGACAUACAAAAUGGUGACUCUCAGUCUCGAACUCGCGAUAAUUCUGUGGGCCAUCACCGCAGAAUUCGCAAUCUUGUUCCAAUGCCGCUUGCCAGAACCAUGGAAUUAUAUCGGCCAUGCAUGUUUCAACCGAGUUGCGUUCUGGACCUACUUUUCUGUCACAAAUAUCCUAACUGACUGUGCACUCGUCUCAAUCAUGUUUUUUAUUGCCUGGAAGAUUCAGACCUCUUGGAGCAAGAGAAUUCUGAUUAUGGGGGUAUUUGGAAGUCGUAUUUUCGUUGUCGCCGCGGUUGGAUUACAGAUCUACUACUCGAAUAGAGCCUUGAACUCUGGCGAUCCAACAUUUUCUCUGUGGCAAGCGUCGAUCAGUACUCAAGCCGUCCAAUGUCUGAGCAUCUUAACAGCCUGCAUUCCAUACCUCAAACCAUUUUUGGAGAGCCUAGAGUCAGGCUUGAUGCGGGCAGAUGACCUGCGCCGUCGAGGUAAGGUUGGCAUCAGCGGUUACGGUUCGGGUGAUCGAAGUAUUCCCCGCGCGACCAAUUUCGAACUCAGCAUACCGAGCAACGAGGCCAACUUUCAGAGCAAAAACAGUAGACUGCGCGAACUGACAAACAUACAAAGGCGACCAGAGCCCGGAUAUGGAGUAACAACAGUGACAGGUGCUGAAGGCCCUAGUCAGGACUGGGACUACCAGAGUCAACGUAGUCAGGCGAUGCUCAUCAAGGAAAUAAGAACUUGGGAUGUGGAUGUCGAAGGCAGAGAAGGGAAUUUGCCAUGA